CCCCAACAAAUUAAUAAACAUUUGAAAUAAAUGAUAAUUAUGUAUAGUAAGUUAUGUUCAUAUACAACGGGGUCCGUUCGUAAUAUUUAUACGAUAUACUGUUAAUCAGCUAAUUAUUGGCAUUAUGACAAUGUCGAUAGAUUUAAGCUGGUGCUCUAAUUAAAACACACAUUUACCAAAGAAAUAAAGAUUGUCUCCCUUGAUAUCUUUUGCGUUUUACCAUCGAUAACUUCCGGUAUAAAAGUUCGCUACAAAAUAAAAAAAUUAGCCAGAACUAGAAAUCUUUAUUAAAUUACCACAUUCAGGUCUACGCAAGAAAUGGACUCCAAUACUGAAACUGUGAGACAAACAACGGGUCCACUUCCACGGUGGGAAAGUUUUCUGUCUGAUCUGACGCCGCGUUUAGACCUACCGCCAAAACCAUAUAAAACUGUGGGCAAGCAUUCAGGUAUGACCUUUGGACAGUCCAUAUCGAAGAUAUUUAUGACGAACCUUCUCAACGACGACCACAGCGGUGACGAUCUGUCAUUAAGUGGGAGCAAGUGGACUUUAGAAAUGUUCAGCAAAUACAUCAAUUUUGAACACAUCGAUCAGCUGCUUAUUGAUACUGACGGAGUAGAUCAGUCGGAAGAAAUGAAAAGGAUCGCCCAGAAGACUAUGGACAUGUUUUGUGCGCCUAACACGAAUCACUCGCUCGAAAAUGUGUUGGCCACGGAAGCAGACGUCAGGAUUCAUCUGUCAGCCAUGUUGAGGGAAAUGUGCCCGAAACUGGGGCUCAUUCUUAAAACAGAGACACAAAUUGUACUGAAUUGUCUACCUACCUGUAAAUUUGAUUUCUUAUUUUUGACGCGCGGCGGCAAGCCAGUUGGGUGCAUGGAAGCAAAAGUGUCUUCUACCAUGAACAAGAAAGCGUUUGUACAAGCUGUCGUCCAGCUACUGGUUCUACAGCAGUUAGCUUAUCAGGACGACGUUGACAUCUCCACUGUGCCGUUGUUCAACGUCCUGUCUGACGGCCAGAGGUUCGUUCUGAUGCAAGUGAGGGGGGAAAAGUUGUGUCUGGAGUACGUGCCGAAGACCGGAAAGAAUGUACUGAAAGUCCGUACCACUAAAGUGAUGGAAGCAUUAUGUAAACUGAUUAAAAUGACACUGAAUAAUAUUGAAAACCCUGGGAUUCAGACCAGUUAAUUUACCCCAGUGUCUACAUCGUUUUCUCCCGAAUGCAAAGAUUUGCUCCAGCACUGGGGUGCAGUUGACCCCUAGGAUCCCCCAUCCCUUGAAAAUAAGUAGGGAAGCUUAAAAAAGUUAAGUACAUGUACAUUUCUUCACGGAAUUAAUUACUACAAUGAUUCCGACUAGUGUACUUGUAUAGCCUUUAUAUUCAUUGAAGGUUGUACUCUCCUAAGACUGAGCAAUGUCCAUAUAUAUAUACACACACACAAUUGCACUGGGAUAGUCCUAUAUAAGGUAACAAAUUCAACCGCUUCUAAAAAUAAAAUCCCCAAAGCAGAUUUUAGCGGAUUUUGGAUAUGUUGUUCUACUAGAAAGUAAGCUUCAACUGAUAACAAAGUAAUUUCGAUACCAUUUUUGUCCAGGUCAAACCCUUCAACGACCAGACUAAUACGCUUAUGGAUACACACACCUUUAACGCGCUUUAACUUGGACACGCACACACACAUUCCCGGGAAAAGUUAUCUAUUUAUUUCAGUGGUAGAGUACUCGGCUGAUGUGUUUUUGCUCCAUCUUGUUUCAUGCCCCACAGAUGAUAUAUCGAAUAGAUGGGGCCCAAAACCCGCUGUUGUUUUUGAAAAUAGAAUUUAACGGUCCUUGAGUGGUGGACGGGAUAAGUUUGCAUUUGUUUGGUGUGUAUUCUGUAAAAUAUACUGUUUGACCAAAAAUAUACAAAACUCGUGGAAGGCGCAUAUGCAGGCACGACAGAAACAAGUGGACAUCGGAAAAGAUGAGAUCGGAAGUGUGAAGCACCCGAGUUACAAUGCCGGGGUUCUGGAGUAUGCUCUUUCGGAAAUGUUUUGGAAACUGGAUGUCCUAAAAUGCAGUUUUCUGCAUUCUACAAGUAAUGUAGGCUACAUAAUUUUUAAAUGCAUUGUUCACGAUGUAUAAUUUUUAUAUACAUAUAUUAUUUACCAAUUAUUUACAAUGCAAUAGCUGUACCAGCCUCGGUGUAGCUCGAGUCACCUUCAGCCCUACCCCUUAUUGAUAUUGUUAUGUGGGGUGAGGCUAGAGGAAAGUCUAUGUAGUGCUUUGGCAAUCAUCGACAACCAACAUGUUGCAAGCUACUGGGUCUAAAAUACACAUUUGUUCCUAAAUCUGAUGCCACAGAGCUUUAUUUUGAUUACUCAUGAGUCCAAUCCUGACAUUGUUAUUAACCAGUACCAACGCUACACGAAGAAACGCGAUGCCCCUAUACGUCACCACAAGAAAGUACAGCGCUGGUUCGUUUUGCAGGUUUUUUAAAAAAGGACAAUAAUUUUUAUUGUCAUAUAUUUUAAGUUAAACUGGUAAAUUUUACAUUUAAAAAAAAAAAAAAAAAAAAAUUCUUUGGGUUUAAAGCCUAUUUGAUGAAACGUUUACAGUAUUACUAUGUUAUGGAUUUCACAAAUAUAUAUUUCUUGGACAUACAGCCCAGAUAGCUGAGAUGUGUGCUCAGGACAGCGUGUUUAAACCUUUAAAUUCAAUAUAAGUACGAAAAUAAAUGGGAAUGAAUGAAAUGAAUGCAGUAGCUGUACUAUCCAAUAAUGAUCUUUUUAAAAUUGUUUUUAACUUAUUAUACAGUGAAUAUUUACAAUCACACAAUCACUAUUAGCAGUAGUAUAUUUACAAUUGUAGUUUGAAUACAUUACUGUCACAUGGUCACUAUUAGAUUUUGUAUUGUACAUUACAGUGACAUUUAUUUAUAUAAAAUGUAUAUAUACAUUUUUUUUUUAAAUUAAUUUAUAUUUAUUAUUUAUUUAUGUAUGUAUUUAUUCAUUUGUGCUUUUUAUUUUCUUCUUUUAAAUUCAUUAUGUUGCUGUUAUAUUUGUAGGGGGUUUUUCUAGUUAAAAAUCAUUACUAAUAUUUAUAUAUAUUAAAAUUACUCAGGGUUAUCACGGACCCUGAGUCCCGGGUCCUUGACGCAGCGAUCAAGGAUGGGACGCACCA